ACUCCAUAAAGUCUUCUUUCGUGCACGUUUAUGAUUUCUCUGGCAUUUAUCGCGUUGACAUGUGAGGAAGGACCUUGGUGCCACGAAAAUUAGAUCUCCAAUCUACAAGAUUUAGGCAUUUAGUUGUUGAAAAAAAGCGAAUUCCAGCCAAGAACUUCUACUCUGAAUAUGACUGGUAACCAAGAACAUCAUGAACAUGAACGGCCAAAACAAGAUAAUAACUCAAUACUGUCCUCGAAUGAUGAUGAAACAACCUCAAAACACUCUGAAUUCUAUAAGAAACUGCCGUUACUUUUAUUCAUUAUGGCCUACAUAUCAUUUUGUUGUCUUGGUGCACUUUGUUUAACCCUACUAGAACGACCUACAGAAAGACUAGAAAGAUUGCGCUUACACGCUUCACAAAUCAAUUUUUUGAGGACUAAUCCAUGUGUAUCAAGUGAAGAACUUCAGAAGUUUGUUAGUUAUAUUGUAUCAGCCACAAAAAUGGGUAUAUCAAUGACACCAAUUAAAAAUAUUAGCAAAUAUGACUUACUGAGCAUUCCUAAAAAUUGGCACGAAAAUUUUUAUUUGGAAAUGAAUGCUGAAGUAAAUGCUCAACUGGAAUCAAUCGCUAGACGUAUUCUAACUGAAGAAGAAAUAAAUAACAGCAGUUGGAAUUUUUAUGAAUCAGUAUUUUUUGUGAUAACAGUUAUUACAACUAUAGGUUAUGGAACAAUCAGUCCAGUUACCAUAUACGGCAAAGCUUUUUGUAUAUUUCUGGUUGCUGUUGGAAUUCCAAUGAAUGUGAUCCUGGUUUCUGUAUUAGCUUCUUUGUGCAUGCCCAUUAUUCGCAAAUCACGAAAUGCCCUAGUUGAUUUUUAUUCUUAUUCAAACGAUCAUGAUACAUAUCAUAACAAACAUAAUAAAAAUUGGAAACAUUCAAAUUUCAAUUCUUUAAGCGGACAUAGGAAAAGUAUCGAAGAUAUUAAACCAUGCCUAAAUAAGGAAAAUAAACAUAGAGUUUCAAAAUUGUUUUUCAAGCUUAAAUUUCUUUUCCGACGACAAGUUAAUGCUCCAGACGGACGAAGUGAAUCAAGUGUGCUUCAUAGAUCGUUAUCCGACAGUCGUUUAUCGAAUAACAUCGUGAAAAAAAAUCCUCCACCAACAGUAUGCGAUAUCACUGAGCCAAAGAAUGUCGUCGAAGAUGACGGAUUAUCAAAUAAAACUGCCUCAGUGACUUCCUUAUCAACAUCUUUAUCAACAAACAAGACUCAAUCUCAAAGUUCUCUGGCAAUAAAAACUGAAAAUUAUCCAAAAGAUUUAAAUAAUGAUGAAAACGAUCAUGAAAUCUCAAAACAUGAGCAAUCAAAUAAACCAAUAUUAUCUAUUAUGAAACAUCAUGAGCUUCAUAUAAAUAAUGACAUAUCAAUGAAUCCCAGUUUAGCUUCGGUAAAAAUUAACAGGCCGAAAACGAUACUUGGUCAAACUAAUGUACCAAAAAAAUUAACACAUAAAGUUUCUUUAAGUUUUGCAGCAAAUAACCAACCAGAUGCAGCUGACAACAGAAUAAAUCAGCUGGAUACAACUCAAUCAUCUCCUAGUCAAUUCAGUGGACACACUGAAAAAGAAACUUAUGUAAAAAACGUUGAUAAACCAGCUCGACAUUCAUUGAGUGAAAUAUUUAGAGAAGUAACACAAAAUACAUGUAAUCUUAAUGAUUGCUUUUCUACAGAAACUUCACUAGCUGAUCGUGCUCAUAUUUCUUGCAUAGCAUUUCUACAUUACUUGUUAUCUAGAAGUGAUUUGGCUUUAACUACACAAGUUAAACUUUCACAAUUUCGAUAUGUGAAUGUACAUCAUGGUAUAUUUCGUUUACGAUUAUUACAUUUCUUCAUUGUAUUUUGUGUAGUAAUUACAUGCUCAGUACUUAUACCUGGGAUUGUAUUUACAUAUUUAGAACAGAAUUGGACAUAUUUUGAUGCAAUUUACUUUUGUAUCAUAUCACUUAGUGCAGUUGGUUUUGGUGAUAUGGUUGCAAGUGAAAGUAAAGACAGCAGUGCAUCAUCAUUAGUAACGAUAUUAUAUGUGAAGAAUAUUUACAGAAUAAUGACUGCAAUUUAUUUAGUGUUGGGAACCACAUUAAUUGCCGUUCUAGUGAGAAGUUUCCAAGAGAUUAUUGACUAUGAAUUUUCAAAUGUAACAGGAGGAUACUUCGACGAAAAAUUUAGUGAACACAUGGCACAUGAUUCAUGUUUAGAAUUACUUUUUGACGAUACUACACCUUCACAAAAUUGUAGAAAUCAAUUAAAUCAUAGAGAUAUGGGUUGAGAAGGUAUUCUGUAUUCCGAUUACAAAUAAUAUACAGUUACCUUACAUUUUCAUGAUGUAUAUGACACCAUACUUCUUUCUAGGUAAUUUAAACUAAACAACUGUUAUUUUUUAAUCCACACACUUUUUCAUAAUCCUCCGGCAGUAUACCUAUUAGAUGGAAUCCAAUAAACCGAUCAAAUGAUGUAUAUUGUCACCUGUAAUUUUACCACCCAUAUGACACUAAAUAUAUCAUAUGAUUGCUGCCGUCAUCAUUUUAACACUCGUUUUUAUUUGCUACAAAAAUGAUAGAUUUGGCAUUUUCUUUAUAAAUUCGUCGUAAUUACUAAACUGAAGUAUUGUUCUGUGGCUUGAUAAUGCCCUUAACCUCUAACUAUUUUUUAGUCAAUCAUUCAUUUUGCAUGUUGUUGGGCCAUCUACUAUAAAUGUUCACAAAAUUAUUGAAAGGUUAUCUACUAAAGAAGCUGAUUUAUCAUAACGAAAUUUGAAAGCUCAAAUGUGAACAUGAAUUACAAUAAUUGCUUUAUUCAGUAUUAAAUGUUUAGUACGGUAAAGUAUAUUGGAGAUAAAGUACUUCAAAAUGUAAAUUUUAAUGUAAACUGACACUGCAGAAAAUAUGUACAUAAGCAAGUUAUAAAUAAUAAAAUGUACAGUUAAAAAUAACAUACAUUUAUUUUCAAACACUAAUUAUUUGAGAUAAUGCAAUUGCUACA